UUAGUUAAUGCCCAAAGUUUGGUUAACUUUUUACUAGUUUGGCUCCUCAGCAAUAAAAGUCUCUCUGUCUUUCUUCCAUCAAGUUUCCUAAUUCUUUAGACGCCACAAACAACAAAGGUAGUUGUAUCUCUUUUGAAAGAAUUUUCAAGGCAAAAAGAGUUUAUUUCAAGCAAUCUUCAAGUUCUUCGGAAUAUAAAGAUUCUAAGCUUUUGUUUUUUUAAGUUAAUAUAUCUUGUUUUUUUGGGUAUUUCACCCAAUUUAUCUCUUAGACUAAUUCGAAUUUGAAGAUCAGUCGUAAAUAGUUAGGUUUCACUCAACUCGACAAUUUCGUGUAGAAGAAAAGCACGUUCUAUGUCGCCAUGGACGGAACUCACGGAAGUCUAAACAUUGAACACUUGUUAGUUGUUACCGUGUCCGUGUGUAGAUUUUCCACUUUAUAGUUGGACUUUAAUUACUCCUUUUUUAAAACGUUUUUUAAAUUAAAACAAAAAAAAAAAAAAUUCCCAAUUUUCAUACCAAGAAGAAUAAUUCUCCUUCCAAUUUUGACUUACAAAUUCAACAACAAAUCAUUUAUCAAUGGCACUCUUAAUUUUCUCACUCUAACUCAGAUAGUUGGAAAUUGAGUUGAAUAUUGCUUGAGAGGGGAAUAUGGAGAUUGAAUUACUCAAUAAUGUACAAUCUGAAGAAGAUACUGUUGAAGUUGAUGCUGAUGCUGAAAUUGAUAAUUUGGGUGCUGAGGGUGAAAGAUGCGGCAUAUGCAUGGAUGUUGUAAUUGACCGGGGAGUUUUGGAUUGCUGCCAACACUGGUUUUGUUUUGUUUGCAUUGAUAACUGGGCCACUAUCACAAAUCUCUGCCCGUUGUGCCAGAAUGAAUUUCAAUUGAUCACAUGUGUCUCUGUGUAUGACACAAUUGGCAGCAGCAAUAUUGAUGAGGAUAUAGAUUCCAGAGAUGAUGAUUGGUGUGUUGAAGGAAAUAACAACACUCCCUCCCUUCCAUCUUAUUACAUUGAUGAAAAUGCAGUUACUUGUUUGGAUGGAGAUGGCUGCAAAAUGCGGAGUGGUUCAUUGACCUAUGAAGAAACAAUGACCCUUGAUACUUCUAUUGCUUGUGAUUCCUGUGAUAUAUGGUAUCAUGCUUUUUGUGUGGGAUUUGAUCCUGAAAGCACAGGUGUAGAUUCAUGGCUGUGCCCUAGAUGUCUUGUUAAUGAAGUAGACCAGAAUUCAGAUCUCAAGGAAAUGAAUCUAAGGGGAAAUAAUGUUGAUCGCCAUCAUCUUGCUGACACAUCUUCUGGAAAAGUGUCCAUAUAUGUUGCUGAUUCAGGAGAAACAGCAGUGGUUGUCUCAAGGAUUGAUAGUGAAGAUGCUGUCGACGAACCGAAUAUGAAUGGUCAAUCUACUGGAGAACCUACUGAUCGCUGUAAAGAUAAGCAAUCGGGCUCUGAUUGUUGUUCAUCUGAGAUGAAAAAAUUACCAGAUCAAGGGAUUGAUGCUAUCCAACCAAAAUCACAUGUCCUUUCUGCCAAGUUUGUAAACACUGUUAUAAAAAGUGAGCCAGAUGAGAACGAAUCAAGAAUGUCUCUUGACCUCUUAUCUUUUGCUUCAACCUUCUCUGAUGACAAAGCUAAAAUUUUAUCAAGUGGAGACGAGUGUCUGCAUGAUGCUUCAACUAAUGAGAGUUUGGAAGAUGUGAAGUCUGAUAUUGCUCUGAGACUUGGUGUGAAACGGAAGCGUCCUGAGAACAGUUCUCAGACAAUUGAUUGCAAUGGGCAUCAUGAAGGUAAGCUUGAGGGUGCAUCUUCAUCAAAGAAAGUAAAAGCUCAGAGACGUACCAGAAAUACUUCUUUAAAUGACCAAGCAGAUGUCUGUGCUUCUGAGAACUUGAAGAAAAACAGAAAACCGAUAAAAAGAUCUGUAGAUGAAGUAGACAAGAAUAUAAUAGUGAAGAAGAGCCGACCUAUUGAUAUAAUGAGUAUAGUCCAGGGAGUCAAAAGUAGCACAACAAAUAGGUCUGCACGUGAAAAGGAGGCUGGUAAAUGUGCUAAGGUAGAAAAAAGUGCAGCUGGACUACGAGUGAAAAAGAUCAUGAGGAGACCUGGGGAGGAAAAGGAGUCAGAAGCUGUAGUGCAGAAGCUAAGAAAGGAAAUCAGAGAAGCUGUUCGUAAUAAGCCGUCAGAUGACAUUGGGAAAAGCAUCCUUGACCCUAAUCUGCUAACUGCUUUCAGAGCUGCAGUAGCUGGAUCUGUAGCUGAACCAGCUAAGAAGGUAUCUUCAGCAGUGGUCAAAGCAAAGAAGUUAAUGUUACAGAAGGGAAAAGCAAGGGAGAAUCUCACAAAGAAGAUAUAUGCAACAUCUAGUGGAAAAAGAAGGCGCGCAUGGGAUCGUGAUUGUGAAGUUGAAUUUUGGAAGCACCGCUGCUUGACAACUUCUAAACCAGAAAAAAUUGAAACUUUAAGAAUGGUUCUUAACCUUCUUAAAAGGAGACCAGAAACCAAAAUUGCAGAUCAAACUUCUGAGGAAGACACUAAAUCUCCUAUUCUUUCAAGGCUUUAUCUAGCUGAUACUUCGCUUUUCCCUCGAAAAGAUGAUAUCAAGCCUCUCUCUGUUCUGAAAGCAGCUGCUUGUUCCAACCAUAAUAACCUGCUCUCUUCAGGAGAAAGUACUAUGGCAUCUUUGAAAAGAAAUGAGAAUCCUGCUCUAAAUAAUAUUGCUUCUGCUGAUGACAAGAAGAGUGUUUGCGCCAGUAAUAGAAAUGGAGCUGUUUCCGGGAAACUUUAUGCAAGUGGACACCCCGAUAAGGUCUCUUCACAAAAGAAAACUACUGGUGAAAUGAAUGACUUUAAGAUUGAUAAAAGGAAAUGGGCCCUAGAGGUUCUUGCGAGGAAAACAGCUUCUGAUGUUACGGGACCCAUGCAACAGAAACAAGAAAAUGCGGCAUUAAAGGCUAACUAUCCUUUGUUGGCUGAAUUACCGACAGAUAUGAAACCUGAACUAGCACCCACUCGCCAGAAUAAGAUUGCGAUAUCAGUUCGGCAGACACAACUUUACCGCUUGACAGAACAUUUCCUCAAGAUGACAAAUUUGUCAUCUAUUCAUCGAACUGCUGAAACUGAGCUGGCUGUUGCAGAUGCUAUCAACAUUGAAAAGCAGGUUGCAGACAGGUCCAAUAGCAAGGCUGUCUAUUUGAAUCUUUGUUCACAGGAGAUACGAAAUCGUACAAAUUGCAGUACUUCCAACACUCUGGCUGAACCCAGUCCUUCUAGCCCUGUACCACCAGUAGGCUCCAGAGGUUACUCUGAAUCUACUCUUUCAAGCCCAGUACCAGUAUCCUCCAAAGAUGACCAAUCUUCGACAUCAUCACCUAAUUCUGAAGCUGAGGCAGCGUUGAGAGCUGCUGGUCUUUUAUCUGAUUCUCCUCCGAGUAGUCCACUCCAAAAGGUUGCUGAUCUUAGUGGUGAUGAUAGUAAGCCUUUAGGAGAGGUCAAAGAAGAAGAAUUAACAAGUAUAUUUGAAAUGGAUUGUCAUCCUGAUCUAGACAUUUAUGGUGAUUUUGAGUAUGAUUUAGAUGAAGAGGACUAUAUAGGGGCUACUUCAGUUAAUGCAUCAAAGGGGAAAGAGGAAGAGGGGGAGUCCAAAGUGAAAGUUGUUUUCUCCACUCUGAAUACCAUUGUGUUAAAUAAUGCUUCUGAGGCUAAAGAGCAAGAUUUGCUGAAGACUGAUACACUGAGCCCACCAGAUUUACCUGCAUGUUCUAAUGAUACGGGCACUGAAAGCUCACCCAUGAAGGAUAAGGUCGAUUCUGGAGACACCUCUCUGGAUGGAGAAUGUGAAGAGCUCUCGGUCGCAGAAUGUGAAGCGCUAUAUGGUCCAGAAAAAGAGCAAUCAAUCAAACAAUUUUCUGACCUGUUUCCAGCCGAAAAUUCUGAUUUGCAGACAGCCAAUAAUCUUAAUUUUAGUAGUUCCAACCAGAAUAAAUUGACCACUGAUUCUGUUCACAGCAUAAUUGUUGGGGAAAAUUCUUCUGACUCUUCUGUCUUUAGAGAAAAGGCUGACAGAGAGAAGAAUGAUCUCAAGGUUGACAAGAAAAGUGAUCAUGCUGAAUCGGUGCAAAAAAAAGGUAGAAGCUUAUAUAAAAGAGCACAUCAGGCCGCUUUGCAAGAGUGGUGUGAUCACAGUGGAACAAUAUAGAUGGGCUGUAGGGAAAACGACUGAGAAGGUGAUGAAACAUCAUUCUAAAGCCAAAAAUGCCAAUUUUCUUAUCAAGGAAGGUGAAAAGGUGAAGAAGCUUGCUGGACAAUAUAUUGAGACGGCCAAGCACAAGGAAAAUAAGUGAAAUUUUAUGUCAUUUUAUAACAAAUUGAUAAAAAUUCCCAUUUUCAUUAUGUUGUACAUAUGAACAGAAUAGUGAGACAGACACUGUUGACUUAGGCAAUUUAACCUAGCAUAAAUGGCAAUCUGUAAAAAAAAAAAAAAAUUAAAAAAAAAUAAAUAAAAAAAAAAAAAAACAGCAAUUUCCUACUCAAUUUAAAUGUCCUAUUCUUUGUUA